GAUAUGGCGUGUCAGACAAAUGGUUUCACCACUCGGGGAACCCAGACCACUCAGACCAUCAGCGUGGGGUUACAGACAGACAUCCUCCGCACCCUCACCAGCUCCCCCCACCGCUGCCUCACCCCUAAAGGAGGCUCCACCCCCAUCUCCUCCCCCUCCAGAAACAUCCGUAAGAUACAGUACUCCCCUGUAGUCCAGUCCAAGUUCGAGCGUCCAUGUUGUUCUCCUAAGUACGGCUCCCCUAAGCUUCAGAGGAAGCUGUCAACAUCAUCGAAGGCUGACCUCCAAGGUGGGGCCUCAAGCUCCACGGCCGGCCCCAGGGUCCCUACCCCUACCACCCCCCAGAAGGGUGCCUCUGAGUCGGCCUGGGCUCGCUCCACCACCACCAGGGACUCUCCGGUCCACACCACCAUCAACGAUGGCCUGUCUUGUCUCUUCAACAUCAUAGACCACACCCCCGUAGCCUACGAACCCCCGCAGUGCAAAUUCACCAAGUCCCCCAGCCGCUCCCGCCCCACCCCCCUUGACCCCUCACCUCCUGGUGAACCCGGUCUACCCCCCUCAGACCUCAAAGACCCAAGAUACCUUGGAGCUGUCCAGGAGUUUCUGAGGAAUGUCCGCGGGCGUUCUCCCAGCCCGGUGCAGCUGAUAGUAGAGACCCAGGGAGGGCCGGGGGGAACAGGAGGGGAGAGGACACCGGAGGUGCUCAGUAUACGCCAGGACCUGUCUGCCCCGCCUGGAUACACGCUGGCAGAGAACGCAGCCCGUCUGCUUAACAAGAAGCUGUUGGAGCAGAGCUUCAGGGAGGAGAAGAGACUGGGGUCUGGUGGGUCCUCAGCCCAGGGACAGGGAGGCUACACGAGAGAGGGGCGACAGGCGGAGGGAGACAGGAACCAGUCGGGGUGUUUGGAGGUAAACAAUAACACCUACUGCGUUUAUUGCUUAGUGUUUAUUAGGCUCACUUUUAGGUCACCUGUUGGUCACCUGUUGGUCACCUGUUGGGCAUGUUCUUUCCUAGAGUCCUAG